UGCUUAGCGUGCUUAUCAUGGAUGCUUGGUUGGCCAAGGUGAAUCCUUUCGCUGUGUGUCGUUUUCUGGCGACUGUGAUUGCGUGGAGGCAGAUUGCGUGAUAAGCCUCCCCUUAUCUUCUUUCACUUGUUUCAUUCCGCGCGCAGCAAUUGGCUGUUCCUGGACGCCAUCGCCAGCACCAACACAGAGGGUUACAUUUUACAGAGCACGCGAUGCUGCUCCUGGAUCGUGUCGACCAGAUCGGCUUGCUGUAUUUAAGAUGCGCGCUGUCCAGCGACGAUCGUUUCCUCUUGCUCCCUCAUCGCGAUCUCUCUUGAGCUUUGGUGUUUGUUGUGUCUGAGCCCGAGUCCCUCACCAUGGCUGCCAACGAGCCCAACGAGAAAGUCGCCAGUGUCCCUGCUGUUGAGGACGCUUCUCUGUCCACAGAUGACCACGAAUAUCCCACCGAGGAGGAGUUGAAGACCCUGCGCCGCGUCCCUGGCAAUCUCCCCAUCGUCGCCUACCUCAUCUGCAUCGCCGAGUUCUCGGAGCGCGCGUCCUAUCUGGGUGUCACCGGCCUCAUCUCGAACUUUGUCAAUCGCCCCUUGCCUCCUGGUGGUAAUGGAUACGGAGCCCCUCCUCGCGGGACCCAGCAGACCGCCGGUGCUUUGGGCAUGGGCACCGUCAAGGCCAAUGCCGUGAACCAGUCGUUCAGCAUGCUGGCCUAUGCCCUGCCCAUGAUAUUUGGAUACUUCUCUGAUGCGCAUACCGGUCGCUUCAGGAUGAUCUGCUAUGGUGUUCUUGUUUUCGGUGCCGCCCACGUCCUCAUGGUCGGGGCGGGCGCGCCCACUCUGCUGGCGAACGGCGGUGCAAAAGCGCCGUACUUUGUCUCGUUAUAUAUGCUGUCGGUUGGUGCAGCUAUGUUCAAGCCUAAUGUCUCGCCCCUGCUGCUCGACCAGAUGCCUCGUGAGAGGGCUAAGAUCAAGGUGCUGAAGGGCGGCGAGAGGGUUAUUGUCGACCCUGAAGCCACCUCUGAGCGCGCCAUGUUGUGGUUCUACCUCCUCAUUAAUAUUGGCGGCUUCAUGCAGGUUGCCACCACAUACGCCGAGAAGUACAUUGGAUGGUGGCUGGCGUUCAUCCUGCCGCUGUUCCUGUACAUCCCGCUUCCUCUCGUCCUGUUCUACCUUCGCAAGCGCCUUGUCCUCUUCCCUCCCGGCGGCAGCGACCUUCCCAACGUCGUCCGCGUCCUGAGCAUCUGCCUCAGAGGAGGAGGUAUCUUCCGCAUCGGCCGCCACGGCUUCUGGGAUGCCGCGAAACCAUCCGUCAUCGCAGCAAAAGGCCAAAACAUCCGAACCCGGUGGGACGACCAGUUCGUCGAGGACGUGCGUCGCACAUUCCAAGCAACCGGAAUCUUCUGCUUCUUCCCAAUCCAAUACAUCAACGACAACGGUCUCGGUCAGGCUGCCAGUUUCCUAUCCACAAUGCUCGAGACGAAUGGCGUGCCCAAUGAUCUCAUCAGCAACUUCAACCCGCUCAGCAUUAUCGUCUUUGCACCUAUCCUCAACUACAUCCUGUACCCAGCCCUGCGCCGUUUCCAUAUUCACUAUGGCCCUGUUGCUCGUAUCACCACCGGUCUGGCUAUGUCUUCCCUUGCGGGUGUCGGAUAUACAGUUAUCAACUACUACGCGUACAAGCUCGGUCCGUGCGGUAAAUACGGCUCGUCUGAAACCUGCGUUGACGAGGACGGCGUUUCCCUCGUCGCCCCGAUAACCAUCUGGUGGAUCGCAAUCCCGUACGCCAUCGGCGGUAUCUCGGAACUUUUCGUCAACGUCCCAGCCUACGGAAUCGCAUACUCGCGCGCCCCCAAGAACAUGCGCGGCCUCGUCUCCGCAAUCAACCUGCUCAACACCGCCUUCGCGUAUGCAAUCGGCCUUGCCUGCUCGUCUGUUAUCCGCGACCCCUAUCUCACGUGGGACCUGGGCGGGCCUGCCAUUGCUGGCGGCAUCCUCACGGUCAUCUUCUACUUUAUGUUCCGCCAUAUCGAUAAGGAGGAGUAUGUGCUUAGUGAGAAUGCGGAGUAUAACCUUGAGCUGGAGGGUACGAAGGGUGUUGUGCAGGAGAAUGAGAGGAAUAAGACGACGAGUGCGGUGCCGAAGAUUGCGGAGAAUGAGGAGUUUGGGAUUUCGCCGAAGCAGUGACGACUUACUUCAUUCUACCCGAGUCUGGUGUUGAGAGUAGUUCAUUGUUUGGAGUUGGUAUGUUGCGUUGCUGUGUGUUAGUAGGAUACGUACUUGCAGGGAAAUAAGAGAACGCCCAAUAAUACUCUCCUGGAUCUUGCCCUUUUCAAUUUCUUGGUCCAUUUGAAAGCGAUAUGUAGAUUCAUGGUCCAGCUUUCUUUGGUUGAUGCUCAUAAGUAUAAAGUCAUAGACCGGAUAGCAAUGGAG